GCCUGUGGGAGGACGCGGCACGUUACCCUCAGCUUACCCUCGGCUUAUCCCGCCCAGCGCCCCGCCGAGGCCCCGCGGGCCGCGCUCACCGCUGCGGUCGCUCCGCUGCAACAACAACAAAAAAACAAAAAAAAAACAAAAAUAUUCAAAAAAAAACUAACAACAAAAAAAAAAAAAACCCCGCCGCCACCAGUACCGCCGCCCGCUCACGGAUCCCAGCGGCUCCGCCUCUUCCGCGAGCUUUAUAGCAGCCCCGGCCGAAUCUUCUGGAAUGACGCCGCGCGUGACGUCACGGGGCUGGAACGGCCUAGAACGGCGGCGCGUGACGUCAGCAGCGGCGGCGGCGCGCGCGGGCGGGCGGGGCCUCGGGCCGGGCCCGGCCUGGCGCUCCGCGUUUGGCUCGCUCAGUCGCUCGGGCUGCGCCUCUGGGGCUGCGCCUCUGGGGCUGCCCCGGCGCCGUGCCUGGCAUUCCCCGAGUGCAGCUCACACUAACUGCUCGGGCAGUGCCGCACCGAGGAGCUGGCAUUGGACGGGAGCUGUAAAUUGUUAUUAUGCUAACGUGGAAACAGUUCUUCAUUCCUGGGAGUAGUUUUAUGAAAGCAGACUGUCUCCUGUGAUUAUGAUAACUCAAAGGUUCCAGUGCCCUGCCCUGCCAGCUGCAGCCCGGGUUGAGUCAGGAUGACUGAAGGAGAGGGCCCUGUUGUGUUGUCUAACAGCAGGAAAUGGGGAAAAAGAGAAAGAAAAAGGGGGAGGAAAAGCAGCAGUGUGAGAUCCAAAUGAAAAUUUGUCAUCGUGUAGUGCUCUGAAACGAACUUCCUACUGUAUUUCAGUAGCUCAUUUAUGCCUGAUCCGCACAGUUCUUCAGCAUAUUUGUGACCAGCUCUGCAGGAUUUGUCAGCAUGCCUGACAGUGGAGAGACUCUCACAAAACAAUUGCAGACUGGAAAUGCAAGGAAUGUUUCAGGAAGCUGUGAAAAUGGAACCUUUACAGAUGCACAGCCUGUCUGCAGGGAACUGCUGCCUCAUUUGGACGAGACCCAGGGUGAAGGCAUAGAGCCAGCAGAGUCUCUGUGGACUUCUUUUGCUGAUGGCAGAGUCAGGCUGAGAAUAGAUAACUCAUGUCCACAGACUCCCAUAACAGUUCAUCAGAUGUUCAAGGAGAGCCUGGAAAAAUAUGGAUCCCUUAAUGCUUUGGCCAGCAAAAAGAAUGGAAAAUGGGAGAAAAUAACUUUUUCAGAAUAUUAUUGCCUCUCUAGGAAAGCAGCCAAGAGCUUCUUGAAGCUUGGUCUUGAACGAUUCCAUAGUGUAGCAAUCCUUGGAUUUAAUUCUCCAGAAUGGUUCAUCUCAGCUGUUGGAGCUAUUUUUGCUGGAGGAAUUGUCACAGGAAUAUAUACAACUAAUUCUCCAGAGGCCUGUCACUACAUUGCCCAUGACAGCAAGACUGAUAUCAUGGUUGUGGAAAAUCAGAAACAGCUGGACAAGAUAAUGCAGAUCUGGAAUCGAUUGCCCCACCUGAAGGCUGUGGUGCUAUAUAAGGACUCCAUUGCAGAGAGACAUCCAAAUUUGUACACGAUGGAAGAGUUUCUGGAGCUGGGAGAUGACGUCUCUGACAGUACUUUGGAUGACAUUAUUAACUCCCAAAAGCCAAAUCAGUGCUGUGUUCUGAUCUACACCUCCGGAACAACUGGGAAGCCAAAAGGAGCCAUGCUGAGUCAUGACAACAUAACUUGGACAUCAGCCCAUUGCAGCAGAGCAGGAGGUAUGCAACCUGCAGAGGUCCAGCAGGAAUCUAUAGUCAGUUAUCUCCCACUCAGCCACAUAGCUGCACAGAUCUAUGACCUGUGGACUGGAAUCAAAUGGGGAGAGCAAGUUUACUUUGCUGAGCCAGAUGCUCUGAAGGGCAGCUUGAUCAACACACUAAAAGAAGUGCAGCCAACAUCUCACAUGGGAGUUCCCCGAGUAUGGGAGAAAAUCAUGGAGAAGUUAAAGGAUGCUUCUGCUCAGUCAGGAUUUAUGAAAAAGAAAAUGCUUUCCUGGGCUAUGUCACUUAGCUUAGAGAAGAACCUGAAUGGCUCAAACAGCAGUGAUCUAAAGCAGCUCUGGACAAGAUUAGCAGACUACUUAGUGCUUGCAAAAAUCCGUAGUGCACUGGGGCUUUCUUCCUGUCAGAAGCACUUUUCUGGUGCUGCUCCUCUCAAUACAGAAACACUGUAUUUCUUCUUGGGUCUGAACAUCACCCUGUAUGAGGCCUAUGGGAUGAGUGAGACCACAGGCCCACAUUGCCUGUCUGGGCCUUACAUUUACAGGCAGCACAGCUGUGGUAAACCAGCAUCUGGAUGCAGAGUGAAACUGGCGGACAAAGAUACAGAAGGCAAUGGAGAAAUCUGUUUCUGGGGAAGGACUGUUUUCAUGGGUUAUUUAAAUAUGGAAGACAGAACAAAAGAAGUCUUUGAUGAGGAGGGGUGGCUGCAUUCUGGAGAUUUAGGAAAGCUAGACAAGGAUGGCUUUCUCUAUGUCACUGGAAGAAUUAAAGAUUUGAUUAUUACAGCUGGAGGGGAAAAUGUGCCUCCAAUUCCAAUCGAAGAUGCUGUUAAAAAAGAACUCCCAAUUGUUAGUAAUGCUAUGGUGAUUGGAGAUAAGAAGAAGUUUUUGUCAAUGUUCCUGACCCUAAAGAGUGUGCUGGACCCAGAUACAUCUGAUCCUACUGACAUUCUCACAGAGCAAGCCAGAGACUUCUGCCAGAGGAGUGGUAGUAAAGCCACCAAAGUGUCCGAGAUUGUAGCUACAAGAGACCAGGCGACCUACAGAGCCAUCCAGGAGGGAAUCGACAGAGUCAACAGCACUGCUACCAACAGGGUUCACUGCAUUCAGAAAUGGAUUGUCCUGCCAAGAGAUUUUUCCAUUUCUGGGGGAGAACUAGGUCCCACAAUGAAGCUGAAGCGGCUCGCUGUGCUCGAGAAAUACCGAAAUGAAGUAGACUCCUUCUAUAAAGAAUAAAAAGUGUUUCCUCCAAGCGUUAAGAAAGAUCUGUGAACAAAAGGAAGUAUUUUCUCAUCAAAAGCAUUAACAAAGAUUUAUGCUUCAAGUUUGUAGUCUAUUGAACCAAACCACUAGAAAGCUGCUGUCAAUUUAGUUGUUCCUGAUACUCACCUGAUCAUUUGUCCUCCUUUUACAGAAGCAUCUACAGUAUGUCCAUUCUUGAAUACUGCUUUUACUUUAUUACCUUAAUGACUAAAACAUCUUUCUGUGUUGUAUAAAGCAGAUAUAAUUCCUCUAGAUUAAAACAUAACAAGUUUUUUAUACAGUCUUCUAUUUUUCUUUUGUUUUCUUUUGUUCUACAGGAUGUUUCCUGUAGCUCAUGAUUUAUUUUAGCAGUACUGCUCAAUGAAACUGCCAUACCACUCCAGUGAUAAUUGUUAAAAAAAAAAAAAUUAAAAAUCAAAAGGGGUGGGAUUUUUUUCCCUCCCCAACGAACACUUUCUUGUUCACUAACCUGGGGACACUCCUGUUUCUGUAAGGCCUAGAAUUCAGACUUCUGUGAACACAGCAGUUCGCUUCUUAAGUCCAUGCUGGAAUAAGCAUUACUAUUUCUCAUAAAAACAAAUAAUCAGAAGCAGGGGAAUAGCUCCCUAAGACUGAAAGGCACAAAGGAAUAACUACAGGAGCUCUCACAUUAAAAUGCUAUUACAGAAACUUCUUUAAAAUUGUUUACAGUGCUUUUCUUUGAGUGUUUGUCAGUGUGUAUCUGCAUGUUUCAGUAUUCAUAUUGCACUAAUUCUGACAAAUGUGGGCUGUGUUUCUUCUUACCCAUAUGCAAAAUAAAUCAUAUUAUGAGAAGGAAA